AUGAUUGCACCAGUUGCUUAUAUCAUGAAGGAUCUGUCCUGGAGAUACCUGUAUCUUGUCCUAUCGUUAAUGACGAUUCACAGUCUUCUCGGAUUUUGGACCUUUGACGAAUCUGUUCGUUGGCUCCUCUCAAAUGGAAAAAUACAGCAAGCGAAGACAUUGUUGAAAAAGGCUGCAAAAAUGAACAAAGUCAAUGAGAUGGAAGUAUUUCAUCUUGUUGAUAAAACUACACCCAUGAUUUUAGCAGCAAAGGAACCAAUGACGGAGCAAGGGGAAAGUGAUAUUGAUGAUGCCAAAAAGGAAAAGCGGAAAGAAAUUAUUUUGGAGCAGCCACAAACAAUUUUACCAAAAUACACGGUAUUGACUUUAUUUACACGGCGUCGUCUGGCAAUGAUUACUGUUAUCAUGACAUAUACCUGGACUGUCAACAGCCUGACUUACUAUGGAUUGUCUCUUUCAUCUGCCUCCCUGCCUCUAGAUAGAUUCUUAAGCUUUUUCCUCCUUUCUAUCGCGGAACUACCAAUACCAGUGAUAGAAUAUUUCACAUUUAACAGACUAGGUAGAAAGAAAUUGUGUAUCAUAUUCCAUGCCGUAGCAGCUGUAGCCCUUAUUGCGGGAACUGUCGCAAAUUAUUUAUCAGAUAGAAAAGGUGCUGACAUAGCUGUGAUGGUAUUUUACUUUCUCGGGAAACUCGGCAUCGCUGGCUCUUUCAGCACACUUUUUCUCUUCACUCCGGAGCUGUAUCCUACUAACCUCAGGAAUGUUGGCAUAGGAUUUGCUUCUGCUGCCGGAAGAAUAGGUGGAAUGUUGGCACCAUUUGCUGGUCCGCUUGCAGAGAGAGUAAACUGGGCCCCGGGUGCGAUAUUUGGAACAAUAUGUUUAACGGUCCUAGUACUGUUGCCUCUGUUACCAGAGCCUACUGGACACGAGCUCCCGACCACAGUUGAGGAGCUGGAGCGCUGGUACAAACAACACAGCGGCGUAAAAGGAAAGAAAAAAAUCGACAAUUCAUUGUAG